AUGACACCCUCUGCCCUCUUAAAUCUGACACCAGACUCUCUUCCUGCGAGAGCUCGUAUUCUUGUCCCCGAGAAAGUCUCGUCUGACGGCCUUGCUCUGCUUACACCCCAUUACGAUGUCGAUGUCAAGCUGGGACUUUCCGCCGAAGAAGUCAUUUCUCUCAUCCCUAGCUAUCAGGGUCUCAUCGUUAGAUCAGAAACCAAAGUCACACCAGAGGUGCUGCAAGCAGGCAAGAAGCUCAAGGUGGUGGCACGUGCUGGUGUUGGUGUCGACAACAUCAAUGUGCCAGCGGCUACGACGCAGGGCAUCAUUGUCAUCAACUCUCCUGCAGGAAAUAUCUUGGCAGCCGCCGAGCACACCAUUGCCCUGCUGCUAGCGACGGCCAGAAAUGUUGGCCGUGCCGACGGGACCAUCAAAGAAGGAAAAUGGGAGCGAAGCAAGCUUGUUGGAGUGGAGGUUGGUCGCAAGACGCUCGGCAUCGUUGGCCUAGGCAAAGUUGGCCUGAAUGUUGCCAGAAUGGCCAAGGGCUUGGGAAUGCAGGUCAAAGCCGUCGACCCCUAUGCCAGUGCUGAUCUUGCUCGCCAAGCAGGCGUUGAGCUCGUACCAAGCCUCAAGGACAUGCUGCCACAGGUUGAUUUCCUCACCAUUCACACACCGCUGCUGGCAACGACAAUGGAUUUGAUUGGUGAGGCAGAGCUAAAGACAAUGAAGAAGACGGCUCGGAUUCUUAACGUCGCCCGAGGUGGGGUUUACAAUGAAGCCGCGCUUCUCAAGGGCCUAGACGAAGGAUGGAUUGCUGGCGCAGGCUUGGAUGUCUUCACCACUGAGCCUCUUGCGCCUGAUUCCGUCGCUGCGCAGCUCGCCAGGCAUCCCAAGACCGUGGCCACACCACAUCUAGGAGCUUCCACGGUGGAAGCACAGGAAAACGUAUCCAUGGACGUAUGCACACAGAUGCUUGAGAUCCUGCGUGGUGGCCUGCCGACAAGUGCCGUCAAUGCCCCCAUAAUCUUGCCGGAAGAGUACCGGAAGCUUCAACCUGCGGUGCAACUGGUCGAGAAAAUGGGACGCCUCUAUACCCAGCAUUUCGUCAAGGACAAGGGAGGCAUGAUUGGCGAUCGCAAGUUUGAGCUCAUCUAUCACGGCGGCCUGGCUGGGAUGCCCAAUACGAAGCCACUCUUUGCUGCUCUCGUCAAGGGCCUUGUAGCUUCGUUUAGCGACUCCUACGUCAACAUCGUUAAUGCCGCCCUUAUCGCCAAAGAGAAGGGCAUUAUAAUCAACGAGACACACGUACACCAAUCGAAAGACAUGACUUUUUCAAACCUGGUGACUUUGAAGUCGAUUGCCGACGGGCCAACCGGGGGCAAAACAGAGCAAAUCAUAGAGGGAUAUGCCUCCGACAAGAGGGUUUAUAUUUCAAAAUUGGACUGCUUCAACGCAACCUUUAGUCCCGAGGGUACUCUGAUCAUUCUUCACAAUUACGAUGAACCUGGCAAGAUUGGUGGGGUGGGCAUGGUCCUCGGCUCUCAUGGCAUUAACAUUCGAUAUAUGCAGGUGGCCAGUCUUGAUGCCGAAGCCCGACAGGGUCACAACACGCCUCCGACUCAGAAGGACAAUGAGGCUCUUAUGAUUCUGGGGGUCGAUGGCGAAGUUGACGCAAAAGUUAUGGAAGGACUGCGCAAGUCAGAAGGUGUUUUGGAUGUCAGCUUGAUACAAUUGUGA